GCACGCGUUCAUUCAACUGCUCUUAUCGAGCUCUUAACCCAUUCACGUUUUACGUCCAAUUCCGCGCCCAUCGAAUUUAGCUCGAGUUAUCGUUAUAUUAAAUUAUCGUUGGGCGUUUAUUUGUUUGGAGACACUUGAACACUUCGGUUCGUCGCUAGUUACAUUUUGGAUAUAAACAAGUUAUUUAAAGUUUAAAAUAUAUACACAUAUAAUUGUGCAUAGUUGUGUGCGUUGUCAUUGGCUGCGCUUGAGUUUUGGUACUUUGGACCAAGCGUAAAAUCGAACAUUGUUGUUUGUUUUAUUUGCUUAUCGGCCACAGCAAUUAUGGAUCGUGCAAGUCUCUAUUUCCGUGGCAAGGAUGACAAGAGCACGUUCAGCUAUGACGAUGAUCUUCCCCUGCUUCCGCUGCCCGAGCUGCGGGAUACCAUGUCCCGUUACUACGACAGUCUGAAACCAUUUGGCAGUGACGAGGAGCUGGCCAAUUCACGGCGCAUUAUCGAGCAGUUUGAGCAGGGAGUCGGCGCUGAGCUGCAGGCAAAGCUCAAGGAACGGGCGACGAAUACGAAAUAUUGGCUGGGCAGCUAUUGGGAGGAUUACGGGUAUCAUCUAUUGCGACUGCCGUUGCUGCCCUAUCAGCUCAUGCUGAUGCCCAGCCAGAUGGUGCAAGUGGGUGUGCCAGAGACGUCCGCAUAUAUGAUGAAGAGUCUCGCCCGUCACAUUUAUCACACGCUGGAGUUCUGGGACAUCAUACGCCAUGAGGCGCUGAAGCCACUGUCCUCUAACGGUGGCAAGAUCAAAUACAAUUCGGGAUUGUACAAGCAAUUCUUGUCCACGUCGCGUGUGCCGGGCUUGGAGCAGGAUCACGUUGAGAAGCACUUCCGGACCAAGUCCGAGGGCAGCACACCCACGCAUGUGACUGUCAGCGGCAAGGGGCGUCAGUUUGCAUUUAAUGGAGUGCAUGAGGAUGACACCAUUCUGACGGCCCCGGAGAUUUUGGUCAUACUGCAGCGAUUGCGCAGCAUCCUAGACUAUGAGCCGAUGGGCGAUGGUGUGCCUGCAUUAACCAAUGACGAUCGCACCAGCUGGGCAAAGAAUCGUAAUCGGAUCAUUGAGAUUUCCGAAGCCAACAAGGAGACUUUGAGGCUGGUGGAAAGCUCCUGCUUCGAUGUCUGCUGGGAUGAGAAUAUGCCGCAAGACACUGAGCAGUCCUCACAGAUGGCCUUAUACGGCGAUUAUCAUUCACGCUGGGCGGAUCGCAGCAGCUGCCUGCUGAUGUUCAAGAACGGUUACCUUGUGUUUGGCGGGGAGCACAGUUGCUACGAUGGCACCUUCAGUGCCAGCUUUGCCACGUUCAUUCAGCUGAGCUUCUUCGAAGUGCCUGAGCCCGACUGGAACGAGGCAAUUAGCUCCAAAGUCGUGGACAUACAAGAGCUCAAGUUCGAGCUGGACGACAAAUUGAGAUCGGAGAUCAAACGAGUUCUCCAAGAGGUAGAACAGCGGGGCGCCGAUAUCAUUGCCACCUUUGAAGUCUUCGAUGAAUAUGGCAAGGAUUUCAUGAAGACCCAGAAAUUGCAUCCGGAUUCCUUUAUGCAAGUGCUCAUGCAGUGGGCCUACUACCAGAUGCACAAUGAGAUUGCACCCACCUAUGAGACGGCGCUGAUGCGUCACUUCUACAAUGGACGCACGGAGACACUGCGCUCCUGCACCAAUGCCGUACAUGACUUUCUUAAGGCAUCAUCCGAUUCGAGCACCACCGAUCAGCAGUUGGUGAAAGCCUUUCGCACAGCUGUCAAAGAUCACAGACAUCACAUGGACGAGGCACGUAAAGGCCACGGCGUCGAUAGACAUUUAUUUGGGUUGUGGUGCGCGGCGUACGAGAGCAAUAUGGAGAUACCCGCUCUCUACGAUGAUCCACUAUAUGCCAUGAGCGGUGGUGGCGGCAAUUUCGUAAUAUCCUCCAGCACACUGGGCUUCACGCCCAACGUGGGCUUUGUCGCACCUAUGACCCUGGAUGGUUAUGGUGUCUUCUACGGAAUUACAUCCAAUGCUAUCUACGUCAAUUCGACUUGCUAUCGGGACAGCAUCAAGACCAGCGCCCGGAAAUACAACAUCGUAUUCAGAGAAUUAUUCUGUCGCAUUCAAAAACUCCUGGAGCAGCAGGACGAGAAAUCAAAUUUGUAAACAGCCGCAAUUUGGUCAUUUAUAUAAUGAUUAGCAUUCAUUAGACACAGAAGAAAAGAGUUUUCAGUUUAUAUGCAUUCCAUGCAGAGGCAGCGGAUAGAAUAUGUUUCCUUUUACUUAAGGCACUUAUCAAGCUACAUCAACUUCUUGCCAUCUCUUAGCCAUGAGUAGAGGUUUUUAGAGGGUACUAACAAAUGAAAUAAGCCUGGUAGAGUGUACUAUAAUUUUGACGGGAUUUUUUAAACUUAUUGUAUAUUUUUGAUGUCGGAAGGUUGACUCCGGUCUACAAGGGUAUGCAAUCUUUGGCGGGUCUAAGGUGAAUGUUCUUUCUAGUUUUCUAUGUUGUAAAAAGCAUAAUUGUCCAAAAGAUACAUGAAAAUUCGAUCCAAAACUAUACAAUUUUCUGCACUAUAUUCAAAUUAAUUCCAUUAUUUAAAUUCAAAAUUUAGUGAAUAAGUAUUUGUUAUCUGUAAGAUUUGAAAGUGGUUUUAGUGGUCGCUCGGAAAUGAGAACGUUUUAGUUGCUGAGGUGAUUGUUAUUUGUAAAUGUAUUGUCAACAGAAUUUAAAUAAAAAGAAACUUCAAAU